AUGGAGCGCUACCUCAACCGCCUCGCGGCGCACGCGGCCGUGGCGCGCAGCGAGGCGCUGCGGGUGUGGCUGGAAUCUGAUGGGACGCUCGGGUCCGCGCCCGCGUGGCUGGCGCUGAGGCCCAAGACCCCGACACCCGUCCAGGCGACCGUGCGUCUCGUGAAGACCGUCGCCGGCCUGCAGCGCGCCGCGCCCACGCCCGCGGAGGCGGCUGCGCCGCCCGGCGCGUCGCGCGACCUGUACCGGCUGAUGCAUGAGAGGGUGGCCGCGAUGCGGGGCGUGAUGGGGCGCGCAGAGGUGCGGCCGGAGGAGACGCGGCUGCGCGACCAGGGGGCCCUGGUGGAAGAUCUGGGGGAGAGCCUCAGGGCGGCCGUCACCAAGGCCGACGCGUGGGCCAAGGCCGCCAGCGACCUGGCAGCUGUCUGGGGCGACCUGGCGUCGGCGCUCGAGGGGCUCUCCAAAUUCGAGGCGACCUACGGCUCCCCGCUGCGGGACCACGCGGCGGCGGUGCCCAACGCGGCGCGCGCGCUGCAGCAGCGGGAGCGGCAGCUGCUGACGAGUUUGACGCUCAAGCAGGACCUCGAGGCGGUGCGGGCGCGGGUGCAGCAGGUGCAGCUGUCGCCGGGGACGCAGGGCCGGAAGCUGGAGGACCUGCGACAGCAGGCAGAGGCGCUGGAGGCGUCGCAGGCCGCCGCCGCCGCGGAGUACGAGCGGCUGGCGGAGCGCAACACGGCGGAGCUCGCGGCGCUAAAGGCGGCCCGCGGCGCUGAGCUGGCGGCGGCCGUGGUGCGCGCGGCGCGCGCAUCGCACCUGUUUCUGAUUGUUUGGGGGCGGGGUGGUCGGCGACGCCGGCGGCUGGGCUACGGCUGCUCUGGGAUCAGGGUCAGCGUUUUGCAGGAGGUUGAUGCUGCAACGGCUGCGUCACUGUAG